AUGGAGCCGGGUCUGGGGGGUACCCCCUCCCCCCCCCGUGACCAGCGGCCUCCGUGGGGCGGAACCGAGCCCGGCCCCCCCCGGGACCCCCAAAACCCCCCAUUGCCCCCCCCCGGUGCCCCCCGGGCGCUGCCGCCGCUCCGCUCCGCCCCCUCCCGCGCCAACCAGUCACCGGCCGCCGUGCGGCUCUCUGCGCUUCGAUUGGCUCCGGCCGCCGUCAGGGAGGCACCGCCUCCUCCAAUAGGAAGUCGCGGAAGCCCCGCCCACGGCUUUCCGCUUCGUCUUCCAAUAGCAGCCGUGCGACCGCCGCCAUUGGCGGAGCGCCCCGCAGAUCCCGCCCCCCUCCGAUUGGCUCAUCCCUCCGCCAAUCCCCUCCCGCAGCGCCUUCCCGCCCCCCCCCUCCGCCGCGCGCCGGCUCCAUUCCCUUUUCCUAUUGGCUGCCUCCCACUGCCACUCACCGCAGCGCCGCGCUCCCAUUGGCAGCGCCGCCGGCUGCGGGCGGGGCUUCCUCCGCGCCGUCCCAGCGUGCCCCGCGCGGUGUGUGGAGAGCGCGGCCUGUUCCCGCGUCGCCGCCGCCGCCGCCGCCAUGUCCGAGUUCAGCGCCGCGGGGCCGCCGCCCGCAGCCGGCCCGCCCGGGGGGGCCCCGCCGCCCGCAGCCGCUUCCGCCGCGGGGCCGCCGCCUCCGGCCGCGGGGGCAGCGGCCCGGGCCCCGGCGGCGCCGGGGGAGGAGGAGGCGGAGCAGGAGGCGGCGGAGGGGGGGGUGGGGGCGGCCCUCCCGCCGGUAUCCGGAAGGACGCCUUCGCCGACGCGGUGCAGCGGGCCCGGCAGAUAGCGGCCAAAAUCGGGGGGGAUGCGGCUACGACGGUGAACAACAGCACCCCCGACUUCAGUUUCGGGGGGCAGAAACGGCAGCUGGAGGAUGGCGACCAGCCCGAGAGCAAGAAGCUGGCGGCACAGGGGGACUCGCUCCCAGCCCCAUUGGGACCCAUCCACCCCCCACCCAGGUCGACGGUGACGGAAGAAUAUCGUGUCCCUGAUGGCAUGGUGGGACUAGUCAUUGGCCGUGGGGGGGAGCAGAUCAACAAGAUCCAGCAGGAUUCGGGCUGCAAAGUACAGAUCUCCCCAGACAGUGGUGGGUUACCGGAGCGCAGCGUGUCCUUGACGGGCUCCCCCGAGGCUGUGCAGAAGGCAAAGCUGAUGCUGGAUGACAUCGUGUCGCGGGGCCGGGGGGGGCCGCCGGGCAGUCCAUACAACGCCAAUGGGCAGAACGGGACAGUGCAGGAGAUCAUGAUUCCCGCCGGGAAAGCCGGGCUGGUCAUCGGCAAAGGCGGCGAGACCAUCAAACAGCUCCAGGAGCGAGCCGGGGUGAAGAUGAUCCUGAUCCAAGACGGUUCAAACACCAACGUGGACAAACCCCUGCGGAUCAUUGGGGACCCCUACAAAGUGCAGCAAGCCUGUGAGAUGGUGAUGGACAUCCUCCGCGAGCGUGACCAGGGUGGCUUCGGCGACCGCAACGAGUACGGGUCCCGCAUCGGCGGCGGCAUCGACGUGCCGGUGCCGCGGCACUCAGUCGGCGUCGUCAUCGGCCGCAGUGGGGAGAUGAUCAAGAAGAUCCAGAACGAUGCUGGGGUGCGGAUACAGUUCAAGCAGACGAACGGGACGGGUCCGGAGAAGAUCGCUCACAUCAUGGGCCCCCCCGAGCGCUGUGAGCACGCCGCCCGCAUCAUCAACGACCUCCUGCAGAGCCUGCGGAGCGGCCCCCCGGGGCCCCCGGGGCCGGGGCUGCCCCCGGGGGGGCGGGGGCGCGGGAGGGGCCAGGGCACUUGGGGCCCCCCCGGGGGCGAGAUGACCUUCUCCAUCCCCACGCACAAGUGCGGGUUGGUCAUCGGCAGAGGUGGGGAGAACGUCAAAGCCAUCAACCAGCAGACGGGGGCCUUCGUGGAGAUCUCGAGGCAGUUGCCCCCCAAUGGGGACCCCAACUUUAAGCUCUUCAUCAUCCGUGGCUCCCCCCAGCAGAUCGACCACGCCAAGCAGCUCAUCGAGGAGAAGAUCGAGGGGCCGCUCUGCCCUGUGGGGCCAGGACCAGGCCCGGGGGGGCCACCGGGUCCCGCUGGCCCCAUGGGGCCCUUCAACCCGGACCCUCAACCAGGGCCCCCCGGAGCCCCCCCACACCCCGGAGGCCCCCCCCCGCACCAGUACCCCCCCCAGGGCUGGGGCAACACCUACCCCCAAUGGCAGCCACCGGCCCCCCACGACCCCAGUAAAGCAGCCGCAGACCCCAAUGCCGCCUGGGCCGCCUAUUACUCGCACUACUACCAACAGCCCCCGGGGCCGGUCCCGGGGCAGCCCCCGGCCCCCACCGCCCCCCCCGUGCAGGGGGAGCCCCCCCAGCCCCCCCCCACCGGCCAGUCCGACUACACCAAGGCCUGGGAGGAAUACUACAAGAAAAUAGGCCAGCAGCCCCAGCAACCUGGGGCCCCCCCACAGCAGGAUUACACAAAAGCCUGGGAGGAGUACUACAAGAAACAAGCACGCUGCCCCUGUUGCCCCCACAGCAGCGCAAGUGGCCACGGGGGGGGGUCCCGGCGCCCCCCCGGCCCCCAGCCCGAUUACAGCGCCGCAUGGGCUGAGUACUACCGGCAGCAGGCAGCCUACUAUGGGCAGACCCCGGGGCCGCUGGGCCCGCGCCCCCCCCCCACGCAGCAGGGACAGCAGGCUCAGUGAACCGAAUGUGAAGCCCCCGUCUGUGAUCCCCCCUUUUGUUUUCGAGGAGCAGUUGGGGCGAGCGGCGCCCCCCAACCCCCCCCCCAAAACCCACCCCAUAGAGGGGGG